AUGAAACAUAUCAAAAAAGUUGAUUUAAUCAAAAACUCAAGCAAAAAUAAGAAAUUUCAUGACAUUUAUGAAAUAAACAAGAAUGAUGUAUGAUGAUCUCAUCAAUGUAGAAACUUGGUUAAGGGUCUUAUGGAAUGGUUUUUAAGGCAAUUCAUCGAGCUACUGGGUUAGCAAGAGCUGUGAAGAUCAUCCACAAAGCAAGUGUAAAAUAAAAAGAGAGACUCACCAAUGAACUGAGAACAGUUGAAUUAUUAGUAAUUAUUCAAAAUUAGAUUUACCAAGGAUCAUCCACAUGUGAUUAGAGUCUUUGAAACAUAUGAGGAUAAUGACUAUAUUUAUGUAAUAAUGGAGUAUAAAAAUAACAAUUAAAUUUAGAAUUUGUAAAGGUGGUGAUAUUUUUGACAAGGUCUUAGAAUACGGAAAUUUUGAUGAAUAAGGAGCAUUAAUAAUAUUCAUAUAAAUUAUUAGAUCAGUGGUCUACUAUUAAUCAUUAAAUAUUGUGCAUAGAGACUUAAAACCCGAAAACUUUCUAUUCCAAACGAAUAAUGAUCUAAAUACACUUUAUAUAAUUGAUUUUGGUUUGGCUCGAAUAUUCGAACCUGGAAUCUUGCAUUAGUGGACAAAGGCUGGAACUGUAUAAAUAACUUACAUAUAAUUUCAAGGCAUAUUAUGUGGCCCCAGAAGUUUUAGAGGGUACAUAUGAUAAUAGGUGUGAUUUAUGGUCAAUUGGUGUUAUAUUAUAUGUCUUAUUAUGUGGAUAUCCUCCAUUUUAUGGUGAGACAGAAUAGGAGAUCUUGUAUUCUAUCUAAAAGGGAAAGUUUGAUUUUGAUGGUCCAGAAUGGAAGAAUGUAUCACUUUAAGGAAAGGAAUUGAUUAGCUAAUUGUUAAAACCCUAUAAAUAGCGAUUAAAUUUGCAAUAGAUAUUAUAACAUGAUUGGCUCUAAAAAUAUGUGCAAAAGGGUGAAGUCACACUAACAUAAGCACACAUUGAAAGAUGGCUAGCAUAUCACUAAAUUAAAUAAAUUGGUUUACUCUAUCUGGCUACAUAAUUGGAAUAGAGUGAGAUAGUCAAUAUCAAAAAUGGAUUUUUAUUUAUGAAUAAAUCUCAAUCUGGAGUAUUAACAAAAGCUGAGAUUGAAUAAUUAAUCAAAUAUAAAUAUUAAGAUCUGGAAUACUAUUGUAAAAUAUUUAAUCAUAAUAUUAGAAUUCAUAGCAAUUUGCUUAGAGCCAAGUUUAUAUAAAAUAGAAAAAUAUUUAAUAUUAAUGUUUACAUUUCUAUCAUCGAAUGGUCGAAUAACUAAAGACAGUUUAAAAGCUAUUGAUAUUAAUCUUGAAUGUAAUUUAGAUUAUAAGCAAUUCAUCAAUCUAUUUUGA